AUGCUGGGGUGGGGGCGGCGCUUCUUGCUUCUGGGGGGCGUCGCCCUCCUGCUGGCGAGGGGCUCAGUAGGCUCCUCCUCGCACUCCCUGCGCUACUUCUACACGGCGGUGUCUGAGCCCGGCCCGGGGCUGCCCCAGUUCAUUGCCGUGGGCUACGUGGACGGCCAGCCCAUCAUUUAUUAUGACAGCAACACAAAGCGGGAGCAGCCAAAAGUCCCCUGGAUGGAAAAGGUGGGGAAGGACGACCCCCAGUACUGGGACACGCAGAGCCAGAUCUUGCAGGGCAACGAGGCGGGGUUCAGAGCUAACUUGGAGACCCUGCGUGGCCGCUUCAACCAGAGCCGUGGAGGGUUCCACACCAUACAGCAGAUGUACGGUUGCCAAGUGGGGCCGGACUGGCAGCCCAGUGGGGGGCUCUACCAGUAUGCAUACGACGGGGAGGACUUCCUGUGCUUCGACAAGAAGAACCUCUGCUGGGUGGCAGCAGACAGGCAGGCCGAGAUCACCAAGCGGAAGCUGGACCCGCUUCUGACCAAUUCCCAUCACCUGAAGUCCUACCUGGAGAAGACCUGUGUGGAGUGGCUGCGGAGGUACCUGGACUACGGGAAGGAGGCCCUGCUGAGGACAGAAUGCCCAACAGUGAAGGUGUCACGCAAGGGAGGCUACGAUGGCCGAGAGACUCUCAUCUGCCGGGCCCACGGCUUCUACCCAAAGGAGAUUGAUGUCACCUGGAUGAAGGACGGGGAGGACCGGAAGCCAGACACCUUUACGGGGGGUGUCCUCCCCAACUCUGACGGGACCUACCACACCUGGUUCAGCAUCGAGGUGGACUCCAAGGAGAGGGACCACUACUGGUGCCGGGUGAAACACGACGGCCUGACGGAGCUCCUGGACUUGGCCUAUGAGGAGCCAGGUUAG